AUGAGCAACCACGACAUGGCCGACGAGGCCGCCAACCCCAAGGGCAUCCAAGCUACCACUGAUGUCAACAUGACUGAGUGCCCCGUUACCUGGAAGGCCUACCUCCUUUGUGCCUUCGCAUCCUUCGGUGGUAUCUUCUUCGGUUACGAUUCCGGUUAUGUUAACGGUGUGCUCAACUCGCCUCUUUUCAUCGAGGAGGUCGAGGGUCCCAUCUGCCCCCAGGGUCUUGAUACCCCCAAUGGCGCUUGCGCUAUCAGCUCCAGCAACACCUCGCUCAUUGUGUCGAUCCUUUCCGCUGGUACCUUCUUCGGUGCUCUCAUCGCUGGUGAUCUCUCAGACAUGAUUGGUCGUAAAUGGACGAUCGUUUUGGGUUGUCUCAUCUACAUCAUCGGUGUUGUCCUGCAAAUGGCUGCAACCGGACGUGACCUCCUUGUCGCUGGUCGUGCCAUCGCCGGUGUUGGUGUCGGUUUCGAGUCUGCUAUCGUCAUUCUCUACAUGUCCGAGAUUUGCCCCAAGAAGGUUCGUGGUGCGCUCGUCUCCGGUUACCAAUUCUGCAUCACCAUUGGUCUCCUUCUCGCUGCCUGCGUCAACUACGCCGUUCAGGACCGUGGUGACAGUGGCGAGUACCGCAUUCCCAUCGGUAUCCAGUUCGCUUGGGGUCUUAUCUUGGGUACUGGUAUUGCUUGCCUUCCCGACUCCCCUCGUUACUUCGUCAAGCGCGGCCGUCCCGAUGAGGCCAAGAAGGCCCUGAUGAAGAUCCGUGGUGUACACCCAACUAGCCCCGAUGCCGCCCACCUCAGGUCCCUGGUCGAAUUCGAACUUGCCGAGAUCAUCGCCAACGAGGAGUACGAGCGCGAGCUUAUCCCUGCUGGUGGCUGGCUUGCCGGAUGGAUGAACUGCUUCAAGGGCUCCCUCUUCCAGUCCAACUCCAACCUCCGCAAGACCAUUCUCGGUACUUCCCUCCAGAUGAUGCAACAGUGGACUGGUGUCAACUUCAUCUUCUACUACUCCACACCCUUCUUGCAAUCGACCGGUGCCAUCAGCAACACCUUCUUGAUCUCGCUCGUCUUCACCCUGGUCAACGUCUGCUCCACUCCUCUUUCCUUCUACGGAAUGGAGAAGUUCGGUCGCCGCACACUCCUCCUCUUCGGUGCCCUCGGUAUGUUGAUCUGCCAGUUCUUGGUUGCCAUCAUCGGUGUUACUCAGGGUUUCAACAACUCCACCACCCUCGCAGAUGGUACCACCCGCGCCAACAACAUCUCCGCCGUCAACGCCCAGAUCGCCUUCAUCGCCAUCUUCAUCCUCUUCUUCGCUACUACCUGGGGUCCUGGUGCCUGGGUCCUCAUCGGUGAGGUCUUCCCUCUUCCCAUCCGUUCGCGUGGUGUUGCCCUCUCCACUGCCUCCAACUGGCUCUGGAACACCAUCAUCGCCGUCAUCACCCCCUACAUGGUUGGCAAGGAUGAGGGUAACCUGAGGUCCUCCGUCUUCUUCAUCUGGGGAGGUCUCUGCACCAUCGCUUUCGUCUACACCUACUUCUUGGUUCCCGAGACCAAGGGUCUCUCCCUUGAGCAGGUCGACCAGAUGAUGGCCGAGACUACCCCCCGUACCUCCGCCAAGUGGCGCCCAACCCACACCUUCGUCGAGAGCUCUCUCCAGAAGGGUGGCACUGCCAUGAUCGAGAGGAACGGUUCCGUUGUCAUCGACACCGAGAAGAACCACCGCACUGCCUCCGUUCACUAG